AUGAACUCCGGCGGCCGACGGCCGCGAGAACACGAGGGCUGGGGGACUGCCACGGCCUGCCCACGACGGGCGGCCGCGGGCAGGGGACUUGAAGGGCCGCGCCGACGAUUCGGUGCGGCCAAGUCUCGUCUCGACGACGCAAGUACCCUGGAAAGGAUCUUGCGGACGGCCGUCACGGCCAAGUGCGUCUCCGCGACGCCAGGUACCCUGGAAGGGACGCGGCCGAGGCCCCGAGGCGUGCAAGGCGGAACGAGGUACCCUGGAAAGGAGGAAGUCCUCGAGUGCUCCGGGUACCCCACAAGGCGAUCCCAAGUACCCUGGAAAGGGGGUGCCGGGUGCCCUGGAAAGGCCAAGUACCCUGGAGAGCAGUUCCCAGGUACCCUGGAGCAGAAAUCCCAAGUGCCCUGGAGCGGAAAUCCCAAGUACCCUGGAAGGCAAUCCCCAAGUACCCUGGAAGGCAAUCCCCAAGUACCCUGGAAAGGAAAUCCUAAGCCUAUGUAUUUUAUCGGGAAACAAAAUAGAGGUAGAAGAGGCCAUAGUAGGGGGGUAAUAGAGCAUAGGGUGUAGCUUAUACUAGGGGCUCUAUUAUAAAAUUGUAAAAUAGGGUACUAAAAAGUAGAAUUUUUGUUUAGAGGCAAUGUAAAAGCUUCAGCAUUAA